ACUGCAGCUAACUUGACAUUUCCGGAUCGCCAAAGCAACAGAAAGCAGCACCAAAACAAGCUGCGCAAACAAUAAAUCUGCCUGAAAAGGGGAAUUUAAAAAAAAGGCAUUAUGUUUCCCAGCAGGUGGCGGUUCAGUUGGGACAGGUUCACGGAGGUGGACCUCUUCACAGACCGCUAUGACGCCAACGCAGAGUCUCUCUCUCAGGCCAUCAGAGCUGCGGCGUCUGAGGAGCCGGACGCAGACGGCAGCGUGCUGUUCGGCCAGCUGAAGGGCACUGUGGUCGGCCUCAGAUAUUACACGGGGGUGGUGAACCAGGGGGAGAUGGUCGGUUUAGUGCGAGAGCCGCAGAAUCCGUACGACCGCAACGCAGUGAAGGUGACCAACGUUUACGGCAGCCAGGUGGGGCACAUCAAGAGGGAGCUGGCAGCAGCUAUGGCCCACGUCAUGGACAACAAGUUGGCUAAAGUUGAGGGGGUGGUGCACUCGGGGACAAAUAACUCAUUCAACAUGCCGGUGAUGCUGUCCUUCUGGGGGAAAGAAGAGAACAAAAAUGCUGUGAAUGAAGUUAUGGCACGUCGUGGAUAUAAACUCAACACAGGUGGAAUUAAACCAGCAGGUGUAAAUCAGAAAUCAUACAACAGUUCAGGUGCUCGGGGGCCAAUGGCAUCUAAAAAAGGUUUAACCAUCCCGCUAACUGCAGACGAGCUAAAGAAUGCAUUUGACAAUCUGUUUGAAGGCUUGAUGGAAAGUAAAGAUGGGGAGAAAGAAGCAGCUAAGUCCGUGGGUACUCCCCUCCUGCUCCACCAGAAGCAGGCGCUAUCUUGGAUGUGCGCCCGAGAAAACAAAUGUGCACUUCCACCCUUCUGGGAGAAGAGAGGCGAGCUGUAUUAUAACAGCCUCACGUGUUUCUCUGCCAAAGAAAUACCGGAGAGGGUUCGUGGGGGGAUACUGGCAGAUGACAUGGGGCUUGGAAAAACUCUGACAACCAUCGCUCUGAUCCUCACCAACUUCCACAAAGGAAAGCCCCUGCCUGUGGAGAAAUGUGAGGAGCAGUCUUCACCUAGAAAAGCGAAAUCACAGAUGGCCUCCAAACCGGAAGGAAGCAGCAGUGCAGGUGAUACAGCAGCUGGCUCUCUGCGCACAGACACUCCACAGGCGGAGGUGAUCUGUGUUGAUACACCGGAUGUCGCGGAGAAAGCAGGCAAGUCAGAGAAAAGUACAGACAAAGGAAAGAUGAAAGCCACCAAGCGAAAGCCCAGUAAAGAGGGCCCAGUAUUGCUGGAGGAUCUGGACUUCGCUGCAGCGCUGGGUGGCUCAACAUCAGACACAAGCUCAAAGAAGAAGAAAACUGACAAGAAGGCUGCUCCCUCGCCGAGUGUGGAAUCCUCCUUCACUGAAAGCGCAGAUGACUUAUCAGCCAGAACGACUCUCAUCAUCUGCCCGCUCUCUGUGCUCAGCAACUGGCUGGACCAGUUUGAGCAGCAUGUGAGGGCUAACGUGAAGCUAAACGUGUAUCUGUAUUACGGCUCAGAACGCAACAGAAGCAAGAAGUUCCUGUCCUCCCAGGAUGUGGUGAUCACCACUUACAACGUCCUCUCUGCUGACUUUGGGAAUAAGAGUCCCCUCCAUGGGAUCAGUUGGCUGAGAGUUGUGCUGGAUGAAGGACACAUCAUAAGAAACCCCAACGCUCAGAUGAGUAAGGCUGUGCUUGACCUCAAAGCUCAGCGGCGCUGGAUUCUGUCUGGGACCCCGAUUCAGAACAGCGUGAAGGACCUGUGGAUGCUGCUGGCCUUCCUGCGUCUAAAGCCGUUCGAUGUGAGGGAGUGGUGGAACAGAGUGAUCCAGAGACCCGUUACACAAGGAGACAGGGAGGGCCUGCAGAACCUUCAGACCCUGGUGAAGUGCAUCACCCUGCGACGGACCAAGAGCAGUGAGGUGAAUGGGCGCCCUCUGGUGUGCCUGCCUGAGAAGACUGUGUGUGUGGAGCAGGUGGAGCUGAGUCAACCGGAGAGGGAGGAGUACGAGCUGGCACGCAACGAAGGAAGAAACACCAUCCGCAAAUACGUGGCUGAAGGGACGGUUUUGAGGAAUUAUGCUGAUGUCUUGGCCGUCCUGAUGAGGCUCAGACAGCACUGCUGCCAUCCCGAUCUGCUGGCAAAGACAUGCUCAGAUUUAGGUGUUGCAGCCACUCCCGCAGAGCUGCGGGAGCAUCUGAUAGAGAAGCUGCGGCUGGUGUUGGCCAGCGGCUCUGACGAGGAAUGCUCCGUGUGCCUGGACUCGAUCCGUCUGCCCGUCAUCACGCACUGCGCCCACGUCUUCUGCCGGCCCUGCAUCGCACAGGUCAUCAGCAGUGAGCAGGAGAUGGCCCGCUGUCCUCUCUGUCGAGGCGAGAUAAAGGCCAGUGAACUGGUGGAGUUUCCACAGGAGGAAAUCGAAGAAGAGAACAGCGCAAACUCUGUGAAGUGGAGGACCAGCUCAAAGGUGCAGGCGCUGAUGGGAAACCUGUUCAGGCUGCGAUCGGAAGACAGCAGCGUUAAGUGUUUGGUCGUCUCUCAGUUUACGCGCUUCCUCAACAUACUGGCGACUCCACUCAGAGAGCACGGUUUCAGUUUUGUACGUUUGGACGGCACCAUGAGCCAGAAGAAGCGGGCCCAGGUCAUCCAGGAGUUUCAGAGCUCUGCAGCCGACAGCCCUUCCAUCAUGCUCCUGUCACUCAAAGCCGGAGGGGUGGGGCUUAACUUGACUGCCGCCUCUCAUGUUUUCCUCAUGGAUCCUGCAUGGAACCCGGCUACUGAGGAGCAGUGUAUUGACCGCUGCCACCGUCUGGGUCAGAAGAGAAAAGUCUUUGUCACUAAGUUCAUAGUGAAGGACUCAGUGGAGGAGAACAUGGUGAAGAUCCAGAGGCAGAAGCAGGACCUGGUGGAGAAGGCUUUUGGCUCCACAAACACCGACAGGAAAACAUCUCGGAUUGAUGACAUCAAAGCCCUGAUGGAGCUGUAGAUAUCUGACAAUGGACCAAUCUCACGUUUUGUCAUGGAAACAACACAAGUGUUGAGUUGUGUUUAAACUGUACUAACAGUGUUGACUGUUCCUUUUUGGGGGGGGGGGGGGGGGGGCAGACCGUUCACAUCUGGAGAGUCUCAGUGAACUUUUCCACACUGUCGUCUUUCUAUUCAUAUUUCAGUUUCUUUUAUACCUGAUCAUUAAUGUGCAAAAUUCUGUUUUAUUUCUACUUUUUUGUAAAAGUUUUUUAAUUUAAUGAUUUCUGAUUCAUUUACAAGAUGCACCACUAGUCAAGCUUUCAUUUUUGUUCAGUUUGUGAUGCUUCGUGGUCUUAUUUACAAUUUGUUCAUGAAAACAUCACAUCGUUUCUAUGCGCGGAGGUGAGCUGAUGAGGAUUUUGUCAAAAACUGUAACAUUUUGGGAUAAAGAGCAGAGAGAAAAACACAUCUGGUCUAGCAACUUUUUUAUUGAGGAAAACUUAAUUUUAAUAGUUGUGAAGAUUCAGAUGUUUGGUUGGUUGGAUUUGCAGACUACUGAUUUUAUACAUUUGCUUUCAGUGUAUUUAACCAAAAAUAGAGCAGCUUUCAGAGCACUCAUUGCUUUUCUAACUAUGUACAUUAAAGGGAAAAAUAUGUUUACUACACAA